CCGGGCGCCCCGGGGAGUCUGGCCACCAUGCCACCUCCUCUCCUCUUCCUCCUCUUCCUUACCCCUAUGGGAGUCAGGCCCGAGGAUCCACGCCUAGUGGAGGCUAAAGAGGGAGGCAAUGCUGUGCUUCCAUGCCUUGAAGGUUCCUCGGAUGGUCCCCCGGAACACCUGGCCUGGUUUCGGGGCUCCCAAUCAAAACCCUUCUUAGAGUUGAGCCUGGGGUUACCAGGCCUGGGCAUCCAUGUGGGGCCUCUGGGCACCCUGAAGGAGCCCCAGGGAACCCUGCUGUUUCUCUUCAAUGUCUCCAAACAUAUGGGGGGCUUCUACCUGUGCCAGCCAGGCCCACCUUCUGAGCAGGCCUGGCAGCCCGGCUGGACAGUCAGCGUGAAGGGCAGCGGGAAACUGUUCCGGUGGAAUGCUUCAGACCACAAUGACCUAGGCUGUGACUCGGGGAACAGAACCUCAACGGGCCCCAGGCCCUCUUCUGGUCACCUCACAAAGUCCCAGCUGCAUGUGUGGGGCUGGGACCACUUUAACGAGAUCUCACACACAGAAGCGGCCUGUGCUCCAUCAAAUAGCACAUUGAACCAGAGCAACAACCGUGACCUCACUGUGGCCCCGGGCUCCACGCUCUUGCUGUCCUGUGGGGCCUCCCGUACCUCCCUCGUCAGAGGCUCUGUCUCCUGGAUCCACAAGUAUCCCAUGAAGCCUGAUGUCAAAUUGCUGAGCCUAAACGUGAGCGAACAUGCCCAGCACAGAGAGAUGUGGGUCAUGGGCACCCUUGGGGGAAAGGUGGUUCUGUUACUGCCCAAGGCUACAGCUCAAGAUGCUGACACCUAUCGUUGUAACCACGGCAACAAGACCACCCAGAUGCAGCUGAAGGUCACGGCCCAGUCAGUAUGGCAUUGGCUGCUGGAGACUGGUGUCUGGAAAGUCCCUGUUGCGACUUUAAUUUAUCUGAUCUUCUGCCUGACUUCCCUGGUGGGUUUUCUUUAUUUUCGAAGAGCCCUGAUCCUGAGGAGGAAAAGAAAGCGAAUGACAGAUCCCACUAGAAGGUUCUUCAAAGUGACGCCUCCCCCGGGAAACGGAGCCAGCAGCCAGUACGGAAACAUGCUUUCCCUCUCCAUGCCCCACUCUGGCACGGGACGCGCCCUGCGGUGGGCUGCGGGCCUCGGAGCCGCCGCGCCGUCCUACGGAAACCCGCGCAGCGACGUCCAGGAGGCCAGAGCCGCGGGGUCCCGGAGCCCGCCAGGAACCGGCCCAGAAGAAGAGGAAGGGGAGGCCUACGAGGAACCGGACAGUGAAGAGGGCUCCGAGUUUUACGAGAACGACUCCAAGCUUGGGCAGGACCAACUCUCCCAGGAUGGCAGCGGCUAUGAGAACCCUGAGGAAGGGAGCUUGGAUCCUCAGGAUGAAGACUCCUUUUCUAACGGAGCUGAGUCUUAUGAGAAUGAAGAUGAAGAACUGGCCCCGACUGUCACCAGGACAACAGACUUCCUGAGCCCCCAUGGAUCAGCCUGGGACCCCAGCAGGGAGGCAACCUCCCUUGGGUCCCAAUCCUAUGAGGAUAUGAGAGGGAUCUUGUAUGCAGCUCCCCAGCUCCGUUUCGUUCGAGCCCAGCCUGGUGCCAAUCAUGAGGAAGAUGCAGACUCUUAUGAGAACAUGGAUAAUCCCGAUGGACCAGAGCCGGCAUGGGGAGGAGGGGCUCGCAUAGGGUGGAGCACCAGGUGACUCCCUUCAGCACUGGGAAAAUUCUGUCCUGCUUUUGAGCUCAGGUACUGGACCACUUAUAGCUCGUGAACAGGAUUUAGGGAGACGGAGGCUUGAGGGAAAUUUCAGGCCCUCAGAGUCACCCCUAGUUUGCAGGAGCCUCUCAGGUAGGGAGGGGCUCCCCAGGUGGCACAGUGAUAAAGAAUCCACCUGCCAAUGCAGGAGACACAAGAGACGUGGGUUCAAUCCCUGGGUUGGGAAGAUCCCCUGGAGGAGAAAAUGGCAACCUGCUCCAGUAUUCUUGCCUGGGAAAUCCCAUGGACGGAGGAGCCUGGCAGGCUACAGUCCUUGGGUAACAAAGAGUCGGACACGACUGAGAGGCUGAACAUGCUCAGGUAGGGACCAAGGUGGCAGAAAGACUUUUGGUGCAGUCUCUAUUCUUCCAGCUUUGCUGCAAAGAGAAGAUGGUUUCCUGGGGCUGGGAAGUCCUUGGAGUCCACGCUGCCAGAGCCAGUCUUUGUCCCUUGGGAAACAGCCCCACCUGCUGGGCUUGUGUGACUUCAGUCUUGACUUUGGCUGAGUCUAUUUGGAGGACUUAAGAUAUGGGCUAACUUGAGGUAUAUGUGUAGUGGAUAUCAGUGUGGCAGAGGAGGGGGAUGGGAUAGGAUGUAGGUGGCUGUCAAGAUGCUGUAUUGGAUGGGUGUGUGAAGCACAAGCCAUGUGAACCCUGUGUGUGUGAGAGACAGGUGGUAUUGGCUUUAUGCUGUGUGGGCGUUCUGUGUGAAAUAUGGUAUGGCAUAUAUAGUGUGAGGUGUCAGGGGUGUGAAAAUUAAUAAAGGGAACCCUCACCAAAGUGCAGUUGAAGGGGAUGCUUUCAUCAGUUACAGGAACAGUUGUCAGUUGAAGACACUCAUCAUCAAUUACAGGAAGAACUGUCAGUUAAAGACCCUAAUGGAAGAACCAUGAACCGGAAAGAAUCUUCAGUUACAGGUCCCAAGAGGAAAAGAUGUACGUUUCAUCUCCUAGAAGAAAUCCAUUACCCCAGCAACUCGGACAGUGAGAAGCCAUCAUUACCCUGAACUCCCACUUUUCUCCAGUGGACAUUCCUUCAAAACAACCCCUCCCAAUGUCUUCCCUUUUUUUCCUAUACAAUGACCUUCUCUGUUUAUUGGCCUUGCCUAUGGCUUUUGCUAUAACUUCCUUGUUCUCUACUGUUCCUGAAUAAAUCUAUUUUUGCUGGUAAAAA